AAGCGGCCGGCGCGGGCAGGUAAUCCCGAGCGGGCAGAGGGGCGGCCACCGUCCGUCCGACCCGGGCCUGUCCUGCGAGGCGGCCCGGCAUGUCCCCUGGGUGCCCUGUCCUACCGGGGCGGACCUCUGCUGAGAGAAGGGGCCUGGACACCGGGUGUUCUUAAGAAUGGAAGCACCAUUUCCUUGCCAGAUUCCUUACUGCUGUAACUUAUGAACCUACAGAAUCUUGGGGAAGAACCUGAAUUUAAUGAUGACAAAACCUGUCACCAGUGUAGCAACAACGGUCUAAGGGCAGAAACGAAUAAAAAUAAAAGACGCGUUUAUAUUUAUAUACAACAAAGACAUCAUUUCCCGUGGACAGCCUGCGCCGCAUCGUUCUUCCGAGAUGAACCGGUACACGACCAUGAGACAGCUGGGGGACGGCACGUACGGGAGCGUGCUCAUGGGCAAGAGCAACGAGUCCGGGGAGCUGGUGGCCAUCAAAAGAAUGAAGAGAAAGUUCUAUUCUUGGGAUGAAUGUAUGAACUUGAGAGAAGUUAAGUCUCUGAAGAAACUUAAUCAUGCCAAUGUGAUCAAACUGAAAGAGGUUAUCAGAGAAAAUGACCAUCUUUAUUUUAUAUUUGAAUAUAUGAAAGAAAAUCUCUAUCAAUUAAUGAAAGACAGAAACAAGUUGUUCCCUGAGUCUGUCAUCAGAAAUAUUAUGUAUCAGAUAUUGCAGGGGCUGGCAUUUAUCCAUAAACAUGGUUUUUUCCAUAGGGACAUGAAACCGGAAAACUUGCUUUGUAUGGGCCCAGAACUUGUGAAAAUUGCUGACUUUGGACUUGCGAGAGAACUAAGGUCACAGCCCCCGUAUACGGACUAUGUAUCCACCAGAUGGUAUCGCGCUCCUGAGGUUUUAUUAAGAUCUUCAGCUUACAGCUCUCCCAUCGACGUGUGGGCUGUUGGCAGUAUAAUGGCUGAGCUGUAUACAUUAAGACCACUUUUCCCAGGGACAAGUGAGGUCGAUGAAAUCUUUAAAAUUUGCCAGGUUUUAGGGACUCCUAAAAAAAGUGACUGGCCAGAAGGGUACCAGCUUGCAUCCUCUAUGAAUUUCCGCUUUCCCCAGUGUGUUCCUAUAAACCUAAAAACUCUUAUUCCCAAUGCCAGUAACGAAGCCAUUCAGCUUAUGACUGAAAUGUUGAACUGGGACCCAAAGAAACGACCAACAGCAAGCCAGGCAUUGAAACACCCAUAUUUUCAAGUUGGGCAAGUAUUAGGCCCUUCCUCACAUCAUUUGGAAUCGAAACAGCCUUUAAAUAAGCUUGUGCAACCACUUGAACCAAAGCCAUCUGCAGCGGAUCCAGAACCUCAGCCUCUGCCGGACAUAAAUGACCAGGCUGCCGGACCUCCUCAGCAGCAGAACAGCCACCAGCCACUGCGGCCUAUCCAGCCGCUGCAGAACGUGGGUGUCCAGCCAGCACCCAAACAGCACAGUCAGCAGAAAAGGCCGCCAACCCUCUUUCCAAGUAUCAUCAAAAGCAUGCCCACCAAGCCGGGCGGCACCUUGGGCCACAAAGGUGCCCGGAGGCGCUGGGGCCAGGCCGUGUUCAAGGCUGGAGACGGCUGGGCAGACCUGGAGGACGGCGACUUUGGAGCCUCCCAUUCCAAGAAGCCAAGCAUGGGCUUGUCCAAGGAGACGAGGAGAAAGGAGUCUCCGUUUCGGCUUCCAGAGUCGGUGCCCGCGGGCUCCAGCUACUCAACGAGGGAAAACAAGAGCUUACCUGCUGCUGUUACCCUGAAAUCGGAUUCGGAACUGUCAGCUGCUUCCACGGCCAAACAGUACUAUUUGAAACAAUCAAGAUACCUUCCCGGUGUAAACCCCAAGAACGUAUCCCUGGUUGCCAGUGGAAAGGAUAUGAACCCAUAUGUCUGGAACAACCAGUUGUUUCCUAAGUCACUGGGAUCCUUGGGGGCAGAACUUGCUUUCAGAAGGAAUAACGCAGGAAAUCUUGGAAGUUAUGCUCCUUACAAUCAGUCAGGAUAUAUUCCUUCCUUUUUCAAAAAAGAAGUGGGGUCAGCUGGCCAGAGGAUACACUUAGCACCACUUGGUGCAACAGCUUCAGAAUAUCCCUGGAACACCAAAACUGGUCGGGGGCAGUUUUCAGGACCUACUUAUAAUCCUACAGCCAAGAAUCUAAAUAUUGUGAGCCGUGCACAGCCAGUGUCCCCCGUGCAUGGGAGGACAGACUGGGUGGCCAAGUAUGGAGGCCACCGGUAGGAAUCCUGCGUGAAGCCCCUUGGCGUCACGCCAUGGAGUCCAUGCAAGUCCCCCUGACCCUGGGAAAUGUCUACAGCUGUCUAUUUCUACUGUGUUCUGGAAGAAAUAUAUAAUAGUGGGUACUCUGAAGAGCAAAAAUCAUCUAUCUUAUUUUUUUCCUAGAAAUGAAAUGCAUUUUCUUAGCAUCAUUGCCCACAAUGCUGAUAUACGGGUAGGACUUUAAAAGUAUUGAAUAAACUUUAUUUGCCAAAGUAUUAAGUAUUUGAUCUACAAAUUAAUAGAUACUAAAUACUCUAAGAAGCUUUUUUUAAAAAAGAAAAAUGCCUCCAGAAAUUAGAUGUUUAGAGUGUUUUAUAUUUGUCCCAACUAAUACUUCAUCGUUUGGCCUCAAAGGUUUGUUUUGGAUUUUUACAGCAAUUACAUAGAUGGCUGUGGGCUGUCAGGUACGGUUCUUUGUGACCAAGGUUCUACUUUACCAUUUUGGCAAUGGUAAUUUAUAAAAGAUGGUAAUUCAUCAUUUUCCUCUUUUGGGAUGAAAUAAUUUUGGAAACAAUAAUUCCAACCUAGAGCAGGGUGUCUUUCUUAGAAAUACUUCAACAAAGAUUUCAAAAUUACGUUACCUGAUUAUAGCACAGAAAGGCUCCUGUUUUUGACCGAUACAUUAAUGACGACCAUCAAACCCAAAGCUUGAUGACUGCUAGCUUAACCAAGUCAAGGUCGUCAUCUUCACAGCAAGUGUGUUCAUUACUUUCAAGAUGCUUUCUUUCUGUGUCCCCACCACAGUAUGCCAGCUUGUUCUCCAAAGCAAAUUCCUGCUGCUGCUGCUGCAGACAGAUCACUGACUCAGCUCUGAAUGUCACACUUGCUCUGAAGAGCAAAUGCAUUUGGUUGCUAUAGCAGUGAUCUCACUUAUGACAUAUUUUCUUAAUUUUUAAAUUGGUAUUUAAAAUUGACAUUUUGAACUUAGAACUGGUCUAUUUAAGCCUGUCGUUUUACGGACUGGAUUUUCUUUUUUAAAGAAUAAUGUUAUCAAACUGCUGAUAUCUUACGCAUUUUGGUAUCAUUUUGUGGACAUUAUAUAAAGACACAUUAUAAGAUAAUAUGAUAUUUUUGUACAGAAGACUCACCUUGUUGGAAAAUGUUAAAAUCUAAAGAGUAAUUUAUAUUAUCAGUGAUAAUGGCCAUAUAUAUAUAUUUGUAGUUUUAAUAUCUCAAAGCUAAAAUAUUCUUUGGUGUUGCUGGGAAACUUUUAAACUGUGAAUAGAUAUUAAAAUUGAUAUGGUUAACUAGUGUGUUUUCUUUACAUUUUUAAACUUUAUACUCAUACUCUGAGGCCUGUUUUUGUUGUUAAGGUCAACUUUUUUUAAAAACCAGUUUCAGGUUUAUGAAAUGUCUAAUCACAAAGUACAGAGUUUCCAUACACUCCAUCUCCCCCUCCUCAGUUCUCCCUAUCUUGCCUAAGUGUGGCAUUUGCUACAACUGAAGAACCAGUAUUGAUUCACUGUUAUUAAAGCCCACAGUUUACAUUAGGGCUCAGGUUUUUGUGCUGUACAUUCUGUGGGUUUGGACAACAUGUACAAUGACAUUAACAACCAAAGCUGUAGAGUAUCACAGAAAACAGUUUUCACUUCCCCAGAAAUCCCUUGUUCCACCCAUUCCUUCCUCCCUGCAAACCUCUGGCAACCACUGGUCUUUUUAUUAUCCCCCGUUUUCCUUUUUCCACAGUCACGCAGUUGGAAUUCCGUACCAUAUAGCCUUUUCAGAUUGGCUUCUCUUGCUCCAUAAUAUCCAUUUAAAGUCCCUCUCUCUUUUCUUGGCUUGGUAUCUCAUUUCUGUUUAUUACUGAAUAGUAUUCCAUUGUCUAUAGGCCCAUUGUAUCAUAGUUUAUCCAUUCACCAGCUGAAGGACAUUUGGCUGUUUCCAAAGUUUGGGCAAUUAUGAAUAAAGCUGCUAUAAACAUUCAUGUACACGUUUUUGUGUGGAUGUCAGUUUUCACUUCACUUGAUUCACUGCUGGAUCAUACGGUAGGAGCAUGUUUGAUUCUGUAAGAAUAAAACUCUUCCAGAGUGGGCUCUACCCUUUUGCAUUCCCACCAGCAGUGAAUGAGAAUUUCUGUUGCUCCACGUCCUCACCAUCUCUUGGUGUUGUCAGUGUUUUGGAUUCUGGUGUUCUAGUAAGUAUGUAAUAGCAUCUCGUUUUUAAUUUGCAACACCUAGAAGCACAAGCUGGA